UUUGUUAAAACAACUUUGGGAGACGAAAUGGUGUAAACGAGUCAAACGAGGAAUGGAAACCUCUGUGUAGAGUUCUGUUCAAAGAGAAAGAAUCAGCUUUGGGCGAAGAGCGAGGAAAUAAGGAAAAUCUGCAGAUACCUGACGAAAAUAGCUGUUCACGGUAGGAUUGUUCGUGGAUAAAUAAUCUGACUUCACUCUAAACUUAAUAUCUUUGUUAAAAUAUUAAAAACCAGUUUCGAAAGAAUUGGUUGACUCCGUUUCACUAUCAUGAUACAUUACUGGAAUUUCGAGUCCAGCAGCAUCUUUUGUUGUAUUUCAUGCCAAAAUUUCGGUUUCUAUGAUAGGAAAACUUUCAAUAGCGAAGAAUUUAAGCCUCGGAAAUUCACGAAGGCAUUCACUGACUCUUACAAAUCGUAACUUUUUUUAGAUCAUUCGCGCACUAUGGUAGGUUGCGUGACGGUCUGUUGUUAUGGCAGCAUGGGAAGUUUUUUACGUAUAGACCACGGAAAUGCCUCGAGAAUUAACUUUUUCGUGAGAGGAUCUCAUUUAUUGCAGAUUAAUGUCCAUACAUUUUUAAUUAUCACUUUUUGUGGUACUGAAAUACCAGUUUCAAACACUUUUGACCCUCCGGGCCCCUGAGAUAAUUUUACUUCCACCCAGCCCCUGCACAGUUGUCAUUUGAAAUUAUGACGUCAUUAUUGUUGUUGUUUUAAAAUGUCGUCCGUCGGGUUGUUAGGAUGUUUCUCCGGUUUCAUUGAAAAUUUGGAUGAAAAUGGCUUCUUUGCUUCUUUUUGAGGUAAAUAAUUGGCAUAUUUUAAUUUUAACAGUCGUUUGUGUCAUUUAUAUGUGAUCUGAGACCCGUAUAUCCGGUCUACACGAUACGACAAUUGAAAUUGAAAAAUUUCCCAUCUUUUUAAUGUCUUGAAAAUGAUCUGCUUUUCGCGUUUUCUUAUCAAGGAAUUCCUUAAAAUCCCUACAACCGGCCCCUUGUUUGAAUUUUUCAUUUAUCUGAAAGAAAAAUAUUUCUUGAUGAAAAAAAAAAAAGGCUGUUUAGUCGGUCAAGCUCGUUGCGUGAGCGCCGGUUUCUUGUUAUCGUGCCAAGCAGUGUUUUGGGCUGUGAAGUCGACUGUGAAUGAAACACGCAAUUUUUUUUUACCGUUUUCUGUUCGUACAAACGCUACAUGGUGAGUUGUGCGUCUUAUUUCUCAUAAGUAACCUGUCGAGUACUCGGCAAAACAGCGAAGUGUAACGAGGUUCAGAUUUAUUUCUGGUAGGUUAAAAUGUCGUUAUAUUUUGUGGUGACAAUUGGGUUGCUGUCGGGCAAAUAAUUAAAUGUUUGAUUUACUGUUAAAAUUUGAACUGCCUGUAACUUGUUUUGAAAAAUUAGGUUGGCAAUGCUUCGUCAUUGCCUUUAAAUCUGACAUUGUAGUAGUAGUUCGCUUUUUAAUAUUGAAAACAUUUUUUUUCAAUCAAUUAUUUAAUUUUAUUAUUUUAUUGGAUAAUUUGAAUGUAACCUUGGGUAAAAAAAAUUCAUUUCUUGAAUUUCUGGUCUAUAAUGUACAGGUUAAGUUUUCCAUUGACUUGAGAUUUUUGUUAUGAGGAGAUAAAAAUAAUUAUUAUUCCUUUAAUUGGUCUACAUCAGUGAGACUAUUUGACUCCUACUUUAAGAGCUUGUGCCAAAAAUAUUGUUAGAAUAAUUUAUUUGUAUAGGUAUCCAAGGUUACUAGAUAUUUUGAAGCCAAUUUGAAUUGUAGAAAUUGAAUAUUUGAUGUAAAAACCCCGAGGCUGCUGAAUUUUCUUCCUGUGCAGACUAAAUAUACUAUAAUAAUUAUAGGUUAAGAUUCACACAGUGUUAGGAAAUGAAUGUUUGGGAAAGUGCAGGUUAGAUAUUACCCAUUCAGGCAUUAAACCCUUCACAAUUGUUAUAAUGAAUAUCAUUUUAGAAUCAAAGGUAUAUUUUCAAAAUUGAAAAGUUUUGUUUGUGUAUUUAGCUUUUGUCAGAGCCUGACACAAGAACAUUCAUGCAUGGACAAGUUUAGAACUUUUUGACUACAGCAGACUAGCAGGCUCCUUAUUAUUCAUAAUUUUCUCGAGACUCUUAGCUGUACUAUCACAACAGCCAGAGGCAAUGUUAUUUCUUUAAAUUUAGCUUUGAAAUGCAGAUCGAAGUUCACUGAUUCAAUUGUGAUUAAUAAAUAGUGUGCUGAAAGUCUGUGAUCUUUGAUUGGGGUCACUGGUAGUGUUUGAAAUCAUGACCAUGAAGUAUUAUGAAUAAUGACCUGGCAUUUUUAAUACAACAUUUUUCAUUGCUUUUUUAUGUUUACACACUUAAAAGCAAAGUCAAUAAUUUAAUAGUGUCCACGUGAAUAUCAGUCCUAUUUCACACAUCAUUAACUCUUAGACUGUUCUCAAAAACUUGUUGCAUGAUUAAGUUUAUAACAUCAAGCUGUUUAGCAUGUCAUGCAUCAAUGCUACAACUUGAAAUAUGAGCAGAAGCUUAAUUGCUUGUACAUUUAAUGCAGUGGAAAUUAUCAUCCAUCAGUCUUUUCAAUUGCUCAGCAGAGAGAAAUAUUGAAGAUGUUUAAAAGCAUAGCUACAACUAAGUUACAGGUACUGUAAUUGACAGACAUUAACCAGGGGGUCUAUAUAGGUUUCAACAUACCCUCCAGAUAAAAGUUUUUACAUUUGACAAAUUUUUGUGAAAAUACAUCAUAGCAUCCAGAUGUUUCUUGUAAAAUUGAUGAGUCAUCUCUUUAUCAAAGUUGCUUUGUGAAAUUCAUCGCCUCUUUAAAUACUGAAGAAACAUUUCAGGGUGCUUGCAGCCAGGGGCUCCCCUUAAAUCCUGUCCAUAUUGAUCAACAUAUACACCAGUAAUUAUAAUAAUAAUGUCAGUACUUUGACCUCACAAGUUGUAAUUUUAAUUUCAUAUCACAUAAGGAGGUAUUCAAAAAUUAGUAUUUUUGUUGACUGGUUUGUAUGGAUUAUAUGGAGAACAGCCUAAAAAACUAGCAGGGUUAUUGUGUUAGUGUUAUACAACCUUGCAUUUGACUUCAAUGUAUUUGUUAAUUAUGUAAAAUCAACAGUUUGUCCAAGGUCUGGCAAGUACAAGUUUGUAAUCUGAAUAUGUGUUUUUAUUUUCCAGAAUCACUCAGAGGUGCCAUUCAUUCUAUAGGAUCUCUUCUGUAUACCAUGUUUCCUGCUUUUCUGGCAACACCACACAUGGAAGAAGGAUCUGGUAAAACGCAGAGGAGCAAGACAAGUUCGCCAACACCAAGGCUUUGCAAGUUGGCUACCAGAAAAAUGUUUUAUUGUAAGAUUUGUUUAUCAGAAUAUCCACACAAGAAGGGCCAGAAACUAGACAAAUGCAGUUGUAUCUUUUGUAAAGAGGUACGUGUUUCUAACUUGCAUCCUAGGCUUGUAACUAAUAGGUGAAUGUAAGGCUAACAGCUCACUACUCACAUUGUUACACUUCCUUAAGUGAACAACUUAACUCUUCCAUUCUUAAGAGUGAUGACUUAUUAAUUUCUCUGCCAGCAUCAACACUUUCUCAUGCAGAAAGAUGAUAAGAAGAUAGAAAAUUUCAUGGACUGUUUAAUUUAAAAACAUUUUCUCAUUUGGUUAUAGAAAUAAGGAAUGUAUGACAAACAGUGAGGAGAAUUUAUUUUGAGAUUGUAAAAGUGAAAGUGUUAACUUGUAUCUUUUAUAUUUAAUUAGUAACAUCUAUUCAUCUUUUUCCAAAUGUGACCAAUACUAAAAACUCUCUAUUUACACAUUUCCAUAAGUGACCUAAGGUCCAGUUUUAAACCAAAUUUAUUUUCCCAGAGUUUCUAUCUGCUGUGUCUGGCAAGGGGACAUGAUCUAUAGUUCAUGUACUUCUAUUUUUCUGUGAAGUGUACUUUUAAGGACACUAAGUGUUCUUUUAAUAGAACUUGCAAUAAACCCCCAGCUGAUUGUUAAGUCAUAUGUUAUGCAGAUGUAAUAAAGUAAGUUGUUUAUCAUUUGACCUGCACAGCCUAGAUCAUGUAACUAAAAAAUAGCCAAAAAAAAAAAAAACAAUGAAAGCUGAUAUAAGUAGGACCAGACAGGUUGACACUAGGUGUUAUUUUAAAACUUGCAAUAAACCCCCAGCUGAUUGUUGAGUCAUAUGUUAUGCAAAUGUAAUAAAGUAAGUUGUUUAUCAUAUGACCUGCACAGCUUGGAUCAUGUAAUACAAUUAAAAAAAACAAAAAAUAAUGGAGCUGACACAAGUAGAGCCAGACAGGUUGACGGGAGACAUUCUGGAACAAUCCCUGCAUGCCGUUCUAUCACAUCUCAGUUGCAUCUUAUGAGAAUGUGGAUUCUAACUUUGGACCUACACUUAUUAUAAAUUUUGGGGAUGUUUAUGAUGUAUAGACUAAGUACAGCCAUCUGUUGAUAGGUACCUGUGAUCUGAUACUUAUUUGCUCUGAUGAAGGGCUAAUGCUUAAAAUAUCAGCUUUGAGACUUUUUACAGAGGCCAAUUUACAUUAUCAACUAAAUUGAUAAAGCCAAAGUUAUCUUGUUUGAUACUCCCCCAUCAAUGCAGCACCACAGUUUCUUUAGAAUCUUACCCCCUUUCUUCACCCACGAUGUGAACCUUGGGAACUAAAAGACACAGUGAUUAUUUUGAAUUCAUGUUAUUUUGGUAUUGUGUUCAUGAAAAUUAUUAGGUUGUUCACGAGUUGGUUACUCGUUGAUUUUGGCAAUCAAGAUGCCUUUAAUAUUAGCUUUUGCCUGGCACACAGAUCUUGUUUUUGGCAACUGAACCCAUGUAACAAACUGAAGUUUUAAUUGCUUGAAAAUUCUCUCUUGAUUUAUUUUUUUGGGCUGUUUUGUCAUCUUUGUUACGGUAAUCCUGUCUCUUUUGUUACAAAAAGUUGUUGUUUCUCUUUUAGUGCCUGGGAAAGUACGUAUCAUACUUGAUUAACAGUGGGCAAGUUCUAAAGCUGCCCUGCCCUGAUGCCUUGUGUCCCAGAAGUGGUAACAUGACCAAGAAUGAAGUAAGCAUUUCUUUCAGUGAUAAAAGAGUAAAUCUUCUCAAAUUUACCUCUGCCUCAAUUGUAAAUAGAAGUUUACAAAACUAAGAAAUAAUUAAAAAAAAAAAAAGAAACAAUCCAAAACUCAGUGAAAGAGCAUGUCUUGAUUGAGUAUUGUUAAACCAAAACGAAAGUAAUCACAAGGGCUUAUCAGGAAAAGGAAAAAUUUCUUUAAAUAACGAAUGAGAACUCAAAGUAAAAACUAAAACAUGUACCAAACUGCCUUGAGUGUAGGAAAACGCAGGCGAUCAAGUCUUGAUAGGUUUUAGUUUUACUUCUGAUUGGUGCAAUUUUUCUGGGCCAAUUAAACAGAGCCAAGUGAAGCAAAUCCAAUGGAAUCCUUUUGACCCUCAAGUGAAAAUUACCUAGUCUACAUCUGGUUCUUUAACUAACCCUUUACACCCUAACAUCAGUAUAUUUAUUCUCCAUACUGUUCUCUGUACAUUUACCAAGGUGCUGAUAAGGAGAAUCUGUCUAGCAAUCAAGUGUUCUUUAGUUGGUGAUAAUUUCCUUUUUUCUUAUGACAUUAAUGUGAGAUUCAGGGGUGAUAUUGUAAGGAGAAAUUAGAUGCUAGUCACUCUUAGGGGUUAAAGGGCUAAUAAAAUUGAUGUUCAUUGUAAAAAGUUAUUAAUCAAAGAGGAAUUUAGAUUUUGCAAUUCAAUUGAACUUUAUCCCUAACCAGAAUGGUUUAAAAAAUAUGUUCUCAUAUUCAUACUUGAUUUAAUUUUGAUUUAGAUUUCUUUGCUGGUUGACAGUGACAUGUUUGAGAAGUAUCAAAGAUUGCUCAAACAGAAAGGUAAAACAUACUCACAAUAUACAAUUUGAAACAUAUAAUUAUAUAAAUGACAAGUCACUAUCACACAUGAAGGCUUUGCUUCAUGCAAUGCUGACAACUCUGUGCAAUACUGAUUGUUCAAAAUUGCAACUAUAUUUCAUAUAACUACAUACAUCUUUUCAGAGGAGGCCUCGGCACCACUAGAAAUGGUUUUCAGGGGGGUCCUGACUGUUGUAGAGAAUAAUAAAUUAAUGUGGGACAUCAAUAAUAUGAGUAAGAUUUUAGACUGCUCACCAAAGUCUACUUUCACUUUUUAACACUUAUUCACCAUUCUUGUGUGUUCUGUUGUAGAGGUUGCUGUUGAUAAAACAAAAACAUUUUGUCCAAUGGCUGGUUGUGAAGGAAUUUGCAGUGGACUACCAGGCCUGGCACAACCUACAGUCUGUCAAGAGGUGAAACAUGCUUUAAUUUAUUCUUUUCUUAAGGUAGUUGUGGCUUUAUGACAGCUUGCAUUUUUCAACAUUUCAUACAGUUACUUACCCUUUUAUGCCUUAAGAGUGACUAGCAUCUAAAUCCUCCUUACAUUAUCACCCCUGAAUCACUUACUAAGGUCAGAAGAACAAAGGAAAAAUCACCAACUGAAGAAGCUCUUGAUCAAAUAAAUUCUCCUUGUCGGAUCCUUUGGAAAUGUAUAGAGAACAGUAUGGAGAAAUCAUCACAUACAGAUGUUAGGGUGUAAAGGGUGAACUUGUUGUUCUAUUGGGCUCUUGUUGGCUCUUUUUUGUUUAUUCCUUUGUUCUAAUUGGUCAUUAUGAUCAUGUUUAUUUGUUUUUAUCUUGUGACAAUCAUUUGGAAAAAUGCUCUUCAAUUGAGAUGAUUCCAAAAAUUACACCUUAUCAAGUUACACCUUAUUUUUUAGUGUGGGUAUACCUUCUGCUUUGCUUGUAAAGAGCACUGGCAUGCUGCUAUGACUUGUGAUGAGUAUAAGAAGGUGAUCUCUGAUUCACAAUCAGGAACAAGGUAAUGUUAAACUUAACAGUUAAAUGCUGUUCUUGAAUUCUCCCAAAUACUUCAUGAACAGCAUCUUGCCAUUGCAGUCAUUAAAGCAAACUUUCAGUUUGUUUUGAAGCAAACUUGCAUUUUAGUGAAGCAAACUUGUAGUUUAGCCGGUGCUUGCAUGAAGAGGAUUGACAAAAAUAGCAUCUAUCAAAAAGAGUAUAUUGGUGGUCACAUAACUUGAUUUACUGGAUUUUUUAGCCAUGUAUAACGGCUGAAUUAAACUUUAAGGUCAUGACAGUAAAGGGCACAUAUGCACACUCAUUAAGAGAGAGAGAGAGAGAGAGAGAGCAUGAGUUAGACAUCUACUUACAAGAUCUCAUUUUCCAUUUGGCAGAUUUGUGGAUAUAUUACGAGAAAAUGGUGAAUCAGGAGACAUCAAGGAGUGCCCUCUCUGUCAAGUAUUAAUAAUGAGAGAAGCAGGAUGUGCCCAGAUGAUGUGUGGCCACUGUAAACACAUCUUCUGUUGGCACUGUUUAAAAUCUUUGGAUGUAAGCCAAGCAUCAGUUUUUAAUUACAAUAAAUUGUAUUACAAAUAACAUUCAACUUUGUAAGAUUCUUUUCUGGAAGAAAAAUUUGAUACUACCCACAAUCUCAUUGAUUAAGGCGUGUUUAUUGACCAGAGGAUAAAUACUUUUUUGACAUUUUGGGUCUGUGCUUCUUUUUUUAAAGUAUUUUAUAAAAGGAAGAGACAACUCUGGCUGUGUUGGAUUUACUUCAUCUUUAUACUUUGGGGUUGGGAGAAUUCCCAUGAGUUCUACAAACCAUUGAUUCCAUCUCAGGUUCGCAUAACUGUCUCACGCCCUUCAACCUCCCCUUUUGUACCACCGAUGUGUAAAUUUAGUUUGAAAUUAAUGAAAAUUUAUGUUAUUACAGCACAUUUUAAUGACAGGUUUGAAUCCAAAACUUGUUUUGGGACCAUUUGACCCAAAGGAAAAAUUAAAAUGCUAAAAAAUGUAAUCACAGACCUAAAACUUUUAUCUGUUUUACUCAACAGACUGACAUAAUGUUAAGACAUUAUGACAAAGGUCCAUGUAGAAACAAGUUAGGCCACUCACGGGCAUCACUAUUCCUUCACAGGACACAGGUUAGUUUACCCAGGUUGUUUCUCUUUUGUUUAAGGUUAUCUUAAUGUAGAUGGGUAGGAACCAACAUCAACAUUUCUCUCCUUUUUUGUGUUGAAAUAUGCAUAAGGAUGUCCCAAUAGAGAAUUUAUUUAGGGCAAAGGCUACCAAAAGAAACCUACUUUUAUCAAAGUCCUUUGUCAUUAAUGAAGGUUAUAAGUUAACACCGUUGGAGAAGCUUGCAAUAUGAACUUAAAAGCAGCCAAACAGAGGAUGCUCCAGCCAUUAUGAUAAACUUUGACUACCACAGAACCAGUGCUUGUCUGAGGAAAUGUGGUACUUUUAGAUGGCAGGGAUUAAAAAAGGAAGUGGAUUGUUUCUAAUCAACUUCUUCAUCUGCUCUUUCAGGUUGUUGCUGGAUUUGCUUUCUUUGGAUUGAUGGUUUUGGUGGCAUCUCCAUUUCUACUGUUAGUCUCACCCUGUUUGCUGCUUUCAAAAUGUCUUUUUCGUAACAAUUGACAUCUCAAAAAAGGAGCAAAUUCUUCUCUAAGAAAAGUUGGUUUCAAUGUUUCAAAUUAAAAUUCUGGUCCAUUGUAAGGGCCAGUCCAAAAAUUAUAUUGAUCUGAAUUAACUUGUUGCUGUUGUUGCUGAAUAAGUAAUUCUGUAAAACAGAAAUAUGCUUAGAUGUACUCCCAAUGUCCAUAUCUAAAAUGAAUUAACUGUGAUGAACUUAUGAAGUAGUGACAUUCUUAUUGAUGACAUCUGUUUGACUGAAAGUCUUUUCAUCCAGUUACUCUUAAUAGCAAAUUGAUAAUAGAAAUAAUAAAGUGUAAUUUCUAUGAAGACUAAAAGAACUUACUUUAAGCAAAAAAAGUGCCUAUUCCAAUUUGUCACAAUUCAAGUUCUUAACAUAAACUUAAUUUAACUGUUGUUCCUUCCUCUUAGGAUAUAAGGAAAAUAAUAAUAAGAAUAAAAAAGACAUUCUUUGCCG